CGCCUGCGCGUGCGCCGCCCCGACUCACUUGUUGGUGAAGCUCGGCCGCCGCCGCGCGCUCGUACCGCACUCCCGCGCAGCCUCCAGUGCCCGCCCCGCCGCCGCGCCGGCCGCACGCGCCUCGCGACCGCCACUCACCCGCGACCAUGCUACAAGAACUACAACUCGCCCAAGGUCAGGCGAACUACGUCGUCGUCUCGUCGGGAUAUCCGUCGACGGCGCAAAAAAUGCAAGAAAAGCGAAACGUGCCGAUCGCGCCGGCUCCUGAAAAGAAUUAUGUAACGCACGACACGCCAAGUUUGCAGUACAGGAAGAAGGUCCACUUCAGGACGAAUCCUUACACGGGUCCGCAGGCCGCGUCGAUCGCGCGCCGCAACGCCCGGGAGAGGAAUCGAGUGAAGCAAGUGAACGACGGCUUCAACGCGCUGCGACGCCACUUGCCAGCAUCAGUGGUCGCCGCUUUGUCCGGCGGCGCGCGCCGCGGCUCCGGCAAGAAGCUCAGCAAGGUGGAUACGCUGCGCAUGGUGGUGGAGUACAUCCGCUACCUACAGCAGCUGCUGGACGACGGCGACGCGGCGCUGGGCGUGUCGCGCGACCGGGAGAACCGGGAGAACAUUCCCAACGGCAGCAGUCUGCAGCCGCUGACGUCCAUGGACGACGGGUUCUUCUACGGCAGCUCGCCGUGCUCGGAGAAGGCGGCGUCGCCCGCGCCCUCCGAGUGCUCCUCGGGCGUGUCCUCCGCCUACUCCGCGGAACGCUACGAGGGCGCCGCGCCGCAGCAGCUCGGCCCCAUGGAUGAAGACGAGCUGCUCGAUGUCAUCUCGUGGUGGCAGCAGAAAUAACAUUGACGUCAAUCUGCACCAAUGAACACAAUUACUAGUGAAAAACCAGAACCAAUCCCUCCGUGAAAGCAUUAAUUUAUUUUAAUUUUAGAUUAAAUCUAGUCAGAAAAUAAUGCGUAUCAUGAAAAAGACUAAAGACUUGUAUAAUAGUGCCUUAUUUAGAUAUAAUGAAAAACUGAAAGACGUCAAUGAAAUUGAGUAGCCUGAGUUUAAAUGAAAACUGUGCAGAUCUGAUGUAAAGAGGAACAUUAAGAAAGUAUCGUUUGAUAGAGGAAGUGUGAAAGAGUUUGCAUUUAAGUUUGAUUUAUUGUAUGUUGUAUAAAUAGACUGUUACCGUAAUUUAAGAGGCUCUGAUAUUGUCUUUGCGUAUUAAUAUGCGACACGACACUGCAUUUAAAUUGUAUAUAGUAGUCGUAAGAUUAUAGUGUUAUUAUAAUGAGAUUAAAUUAUUUAUUUUAAUAAUUA